UGUCUCGGGCAACCCCAGCGGCGGUGGGUAGUAGAGCAACACCACUAUCAACUUGGAAGGCGAUAAAUAGUGAUACCUUAGGUACUUCUAAAGCCGUAAAAGACCUGGGAUGAAUAUUCCUACAAGAUGCCUUUGCAGCUACUGGGAAUCGCCAUGGGGGUUAUGGAAACGAUCACUGAGUUAAUUUGAUACCCCCGAAUGUUUACCUAAACUGGUGAUGUAACAUUAUCGAAUAAACUAUAGAGAUAAUUCGAGUUAUUAGGGAUUCGAUUAUGAUUAGGAAGUAAAUGAAAUCCUAAGGAAUAAAUAUAACAAGAGUUUCCACCUGAGGAUAGCUCAUGCUUUCUUCUUCAUCCGCAACACGUUCCACUUCUCCAUCAUUUGCAGUCGGCAUCAUACAUUUUCUCUAACCCAACCAUUCUGCAAUCCACACAGAACAACGCAAACUAUGUCUGAUAAAGAUCCAGGCUGGGUUUCCCGCACUCUUGGACGCUUAUUUGGAACUGCCGAGAAGUCAUCACCUUCGGAGCAUUCCUCGCAUAGCAAGCCAGAUGCCACCGGGGAGCAACCGGGAAGGACAAUAUGGGAUCCGCCGGCAACAGGACCAUACCACUGCGACUUCUGGGCUGAGGAUAAAGAAGAAAAGCAUGUAAAGCUUAACGAGCCGUUCUCUCUGACUGUCAAGCGGUCAAUAUAUCGCCAACAUCACAAAAGCAAACCAGUCAUAAUCGAGGCGACUAAAGUGGAGCAGCAUGGUCGGCAUGUUGUCCAGAACCACUAUAUCAUAAAUCCAGGACAUUUUCUACAAGGGGAGAAAGCACGGUAUUGGGACCGAGAGCAGCUUAGCCUAACAUUUGAUGAUCUUCGAAUGUCAGUAAAAGGCAAGUUUCUCAUUAGGGCGAUCAUCUGGGAGACGCAAAAAUGGCCUACUGGCCUUGAUAAAGUCUAUUUUGGAACUCUCUACGUGACGUGAGGUUGGAAUUUUAGAGGAUAGACUGAGGUAAAAGGGGACUAAGAAAUAUUUGGAAUAGCGAGGCAUUGCCGUAAUGAAUAUUUAUUAAUCUUGGAUCUUAUUUGUUAUUUAUAUCGUUAUAUUGGCAUUGAGAGACGUUCGACCUGAUUGGAUUACCCAAGGCAAAGAGAGUAAAGCUAGCAAAAUAUUAGAGGUGACCGAGUCUUUUACGUCAUAUAAUUCGAAUUUUAAUUUCAACAAAAACU